UCUAGCAACCGCAGUUGACGAAGUAAUAUUGACCGGACCAUACUACACUGUGCAUCGGAACGAACGAAAAUGGCCGACUCGCAGGACCAGAGCACAAACCAGCAGGAAGUGGAAACCAACGGGAACUCUGCCCCCAACGACGACAGGAAGCUGUUCGUCGGUGGGCUGAGCAAAGAAACCACCGAGCAGGAUCUGCGCACCCAUUUCGGACAGUACGGUGAGAUCGAAAGUGUGAACGUCAAGACCGACCCCCAGACGGGCCGCUCACGGGGUUUUGCGUUCAUCAUUUUCAACAGUCCAGAGUCGAUCGAUAAGGUCGUGGCAUUCGAAGACCAUACCGUCAACGGCAAGAAGGUUGAUCCGAAGAAGGCAAAGGCCAGACAGGGCAAAAUCUUUGUCGGCGGCUUGAGUCCGGAAACCACUGACGAGGAAGUGAAAACAUUCUUCGAACAGUUCGGAUCCGUGGUGGAGCUGGAGAUGCCCUUCGAUAAGAUGAAGAACCAACGGAAAGGCUUCUGCUUCAUCACGUACGAAUCGGAAGCUGUGGUGACGGAGCUCUUGAAGACGCCUAAGCAGACAGUGGGUGGCAAGGAAGUGGAUGUGAAGCGGGCCACCCCCAAGCAGGAUGGCACCCAGAUGGGUGGUCGUGGACCGAUGCGAGGUAACAUGCGCGGAGGUCGAGGCGGCAGAGGAGGCUUCGGUGGUCAGCGAUCCUAUGGGCAAAAUUGGAGCGGCGGACAAGGAUUCGGCGGUGGAUACAACCAAGGCGGCUUCGGAGGAGGAUUCGGUGGUGGAUACGGCAACGGCGGCGGCGGCGGCUGGGGCUACGACAACUACGACUAUUCCGGUUACGGUGGCGGUGGUUACCAGGGCGGCAAGCAACGAGGAGGCGGCGGCGGAAACCGGCAGUACCAGAGGCCGUACUGAAUCCAAACUUUGUGAAACUGUCUAAGCAUUUUUCUUAUUUGAGCGGAAUAAAGAGAAUUUCAACUAGAAAAGCA